UCAUCACCGCUGUAGAGGCAGGAGACGAGGUCAGGGUCAGGGACGUCCUCGCCAGGGGAGGAGACCCCAAGGUGACCAUCCCAACUAACAGUGGUGGGUCGGCGUGCCUGGUACUGUUUGCUGCUCACCGUGGCCACGCCCACCUCCUGCCCUGCCUGCUGGGGGCGGGGCUCAGCGUGGAGGGCAGCGGCACUGACGACCAAACACCACUGAUGGCGGCUGCCACAAAGGGCCACAAGACGACGUUAGAGAAGCUGCUCAGCCUUGGUGCCGACCCGCUGGCUGUUGACAAAAGAGAAUGGACGGCCCUCCACUGGGCUGCAGUAGUUGGUGAAGCUGAGUGUGUGUCUACCCUCAUCCUGGUCACGCCGCCCACCCCCGAGCUGCUGCAGGCCGCCGACGGACACACCCCGGUGCACCUCGCCAGCUUUGGUGGCCACGAGGCUGUGCUGAAUGCCCUGGAGGGGCUGGCUGGCCUUUUUACGCAAUGGACGGCGAUGGCCUGA